AUGAUGUUUCUGAAACAGGUUGUGGGCAUUAUACUUUCCGCAUCCCUUGCAGCUGGGAGCAGCUGCACGACAAAAGCCCAGCGCAAGGCCUGGCACAGCCUUACUACCGCGGAAAGACAUGCAUACAUUGAUGCAGAACUUUGUCUGAUGUCCUCUCCACCAAAGUCGGGGUUGGAAGGGGCCAAGUAUCGAUGGGAUGAGCUCCACUGGGUUCAUGUAGUCCAGUCCAACGUAAUCCACGGAGUGGGCGGAUUCCUUCCGUGGCACCGCUACUACGUGCACUUACACGAACACCUCCUAAGAACCGAGUGUAACUACACAGGAUACCAGCCGUAUUGGUAUGAAGUCGAAGAUGCAAACAACCUGACUGCAUCCAUCGUGUGGGAUGUGGAUACAGGUUUCGGCGGCAACGGUGUUGGAGAUGAUGGUUGUGUCGUCGAUGGACCAUUCGCGAACCACACCCUCAACAUCUCGCCAGCCACAAACAACACCCCGUACUGCCUCAGCCGUGAUUUCAAUGCAGAUAUAUUCACCGGAGCCAACCAGACCUACCUGGAUGAAUGCUUCGCCAUGACCAACUACUCGGUCGCCUGGGACUGCUGGGCCACACAGCCCCACGGCUCGGCGCACGCCGGCAUCGGUGGAACCAUGCAAGAUGCUAUUCUCAGCCCCGGAGACAGCAUCUUCUUUCUUCAUCAUGCGAACCUUGACAGGCUGUGGUGGGAGUGGCAGUCGGCAAACUUGUCCAGCCGGCUUUACGACAUCGCCGGCCAGAAUAUACCUACCGAUGAAUUCCUGUCUGUCAAUAACUUUACCUCUCCGCCGGCAUCUAUGACGGAUUAUUUCGGAGACGAUGGGAAUGUGACGACGUUGAACCACAAUCUUUGGAUGGCCGGUCUGAUUCCCAACGUUACGGUUGGUGAUGUUAUGGAUUUGGGAGGCGAGGUGAUUUGUGCAGAGUAUAUUUGA